AAGCAGAGGAUGCCCAAGGAUCAUUAUCUAAUUUUAUAUUUACUUCAGAAGUAAAUAGUACAACUUUAUACUAUAGCAACGAUUGUUUUGGGAGUUAUAUUAAUGCGGACAUGUUUGAUAACAAUAAUGACUUUUCAGAUUUUGAUGACUAG